AUGGCGACUACGAGCAGUCGAUCCGUAGCAGGGUACAGCAGCAGCCAGCACCUCAAGGAGCGCGCGACGGGAGCUCGAAGCCCCAGAGAAUACCGCGACGAGGAGGAUGAUGAGCGCGAGCACGGACACGAGGCACACAGCCCCACUGGCGGCUCGUUCGACGAGGGGAUGUUCCGCCAGGCUGGCAGUCCACGUGGCUUCGGCAGCGCGUUCCACGCAGGAUCGCCGUACCACAGAGUGUUGGUGCGAUUAGGCGUGGCUCGACUAUCCAUGGACCAGUUUGGAGCGCGGCUUGUGCUACUAACGGGAUUGCUGAUGGUUCUCGUGUGGGGAGUGCGUGACGUGUGGGAGGAGAUGAAAUCUAGGGCUGCCACGCAGGGCACGUGUCCCCUUCCGCGUGAAUUCCGGCCGUCGGAUGAAGAGCUACUGGGCCGGCUUCCGCAGUACAAGCGGCUGGUGUUGACGCAACCCAUGGCGGUUAAAUACCUGCAGCUGAUCCACAAGUACCUGGAACCGUGGCGCCCUAUCAAGAACCUGACGUCGGGAGUGGGGAGGACGGGCAUGGUGACGCCAGAGGUGCUGGCGCGGAUGGCGAGGACACCCGCCAUCAUGUCGUGCGCGGGGCACGUGAAGGUGAUCAACGGCAAGGUGUUCUUCCGCUACGGGGGCUUUUUCCGCGAGUACUACCGCCUCAACCGCUUCCUGCAGACCGUCAAGAUGAUCCACGACGCGGUGGUGCGGUAUCAACUCACAGACAUGCGCAUUGAGCUGUUUGUGAACACGUGCGAUCUGCCCAUGGCGUUCUACAGCAGCCACAUUGACGACCGCCCCGGCAUCCCCAUGAUGAGCACGGGCUUCACUGCCGAUACCAUAGAUAUCCCCGUGCCUGACCCGCUGGACCUCACAGAGGAUUACACUCCCGACCUGGCCACACAGAUCCCCUGGGAGCGCAAGGAGGCGCGUGCAGUGUUCCGUGGGAAGACCACGUCGUACCAUCUGAACGACGGAAACUGGGGUGCCAACCCCCGUAUUCGCCUGCACCGCAUCUCCGACGCGCACCCGUCCCUCAUGGACGCACACAUCAACAGGACCAACCCCCAUGUGCGCGUGCACCGCAUCUCGGGAAGACGCGCAGGGUGCGAUGGUGAAGGACGGCGUGGUGACGGCGCCGCGCAUGAACUUCACACAGUUCAACGCCUUCAAGUCCUGGUGGACGGUGGGGGGGGCAGCUGCCGGCUCACAACCUUCUUCUCCCGAUUCUCUAACACUCAUGCCCCUCUCUCCUUCCUUUCAUGCCCCUCUCUCCUUUCCCCACGCAUGGUUCUGUUCUGUCCUGUCCUCCUCCUCAGGUGGUCCCACUCACGCGGAGACGCGCAGGAUGCAAUGAAAGCUGACGGCGUGGUGACGGCGCCGCGCAUGAACUUCACGCAGUUCAACGCCUUCAAGUAUCAAGUCCUGGUCGACGGGGGGGGGGGCAGCUGCCGCACGUGCGGGGUGCUGCGCUCCAACCAGCUGAGCAUCCGCCAGGAGACACCUAUUUUCCAGUUCUAUGAGCCGCUGCUGCAGGACAGGGUGCACUGGCUGACCACCACUCGCACCUUCUCGGACCUGCCGGAGAAGGUGCGGUGGGCGCAGGAGAACGACGAGGAGGUGCAGCGGCUGGUGCAGGCGGCCAACCAGUUUGCAACGUACGCGUGCACGUGGACCGGCCGCACUCUCUACUGGGGGCUCAUGCUCGCCAAGUAUUAUGACACGCUGCAGAACCCAGAAGCUAUUACAGAGCCUCCCGUCAAGCAAAUCUGUGAUAAAAGCCCCAUGUUAAAGGCACCACCAAACACGACGGCGGAUCCAGCAUCAGUGAAGUGUGCGGACCCAGACGCCCUCAAGAAGAACCCCGACUGUAUCUUCUUCUGCUCCUCCGGCACCAUCAACCACUUCCUCUGGCACAAAGCCGAGGCCCUGGCAGACCUCAAGAAAGUGGGGCCUCCCUGA